AUGGCCUCAAUGACCAACAUUCUAAAGAACAUGAGUUUGGGAGGGAACAUACAGCCAGCCGCUGCCAUUCAAAGUGCAGAAAUCUCAUGUGUUUAUUGUGGAGACGGACAUAAUUUUGAGAAUUGCCCUUCGAAUCCAUCCUCGGUUUACUAUGUGGGUAAUCAAAAUUUCAACCGCAACAACAACCCAUAUUCAAACUCUUACAAUCCAGCUUGGAGACAUCAUCCAAACCUUUCAUGGGGGGGUCAAGGAGCAAGUUCAAGUGGAGCACCAGCGCAAGGAAAACAGUCAAUUCCAUCGGGGUUUCCUCAACAACCAAGAGCUCAACAACCUCACCAACCUCAAGGCUCUCAAUCAAGUUCUUUGGAGAGUUUAAUGAGAGAUUACAUGGCCAAGAAUGAUGCUGUAAUUCAGAGUCAAGCAGCCUCUCUCCGAAAUCUUGAAAUUCAAUUAGGGCAUUUGGCGAAUGAUUUGAAAAAUAGGCCCCAAGGUUCCUUGCCUAGUGAUACCGAGAAUCCAAGGAGGGAUGGCAAAGAACAAUGCAAGGAAAUCAAUCUACAGAGUGGGAAAAAUCUGGAAGUGAAUGAGGAGAAAACAAAGGGCAGCAAGGAGCCCACUUCAAUCCAAACCGAGGGGGAAACGAGUAAAAAAUCAGCAAGUGCAGCUGCUGAAUUCUCCCCAGUUGAUACAUCAUCGAGUCAGCAUUCUCCUGCAGAAAAGACUUUACACAAGCCACCUCCGCCAUUUCCUAAACGAUUCAAAAAACAGCAGCAAGAUGGCCAAUUCAGGAAGUUUCUGGAUGUUCUGAAGCAGCUCCAUAUCAACAUUCCCUUGGUGGAAGCUUUGGAGCAAAUGCCCAAUUAUGUGAAGUUUUUUAAAGGCAUUUUGACAAAAAAGAGGAGGCUUGGUGAAUUCGAAACAGUUGCUUUAACAGAGGGAUGUAGUGCUAUGUUGAAAAGUAAAAUUCCUCCUAAAUUAAAAGAUCCGGGCAGUUUUACAAUUCCAUGCUCCAUUGGUGGGAGAGAUGUGGGAAGAGCUUUAUGUGAUUUGGGUGCUAGUAUUAAUCUAAUGCCCAUGUCGAUUUUCAAGAAAUUGGGCAUUGGAGAAGCUAGGCCAACCACAGUUACCUUGCAAUUGGCGGACCGGUCGAUGGCUCAUCCGGAAGGAAAAAUUGAAGAUGUAUUAGUGCAAGUUGACAAGUUCAUAUUUCCGCCUGAUUUCAUCAUUCUUGAUUAUGAAGCGGAUAGAGAUGUACCAAUCAUAUUGGGGAGGCCAUUUCUUGCUACCAGGAGGACUUUGAUUGAUGUACAAAAUGGAGAACUUACCAUGAGGGUGAAUGAUCAACAAGUGACCUUUAGUGUUUUUAAAGCCAUGAAGUUUCCGAAUGACAUCAAAGAAUGCUCUAGAUUGAGUGUAAUUGAGUCACUUGUGGCUGAAACUUUUCAUAAGGAAACUUGCAAGGCUGAAUUGGGGGUGAAUAUCUUUGAAGAUGAUGAAGAAUUUAGCAAAGAGGAGGAGUCCCAAGUCACAUGGAUAGAAUCCAGCAAGCCAGCUAUCAAAUUCAGCAAGCCUUUUGAGUCUCUAAACCUGUCGGAAGGGAAUUUUAAGCCUCCAAAGCCUUCUAUUCAAGAACCACCAAAGCUAGAGUUGAAACCUUUGCCAAGCCACUAA